AUCGCCCUGGCUCCAUCCUAAUAAAGCUCCGUGUUAUUUAUAGUGCUUUUGUUGAUAGUAAAUGGUCAAGUCUGUGUCGGUCGGCUAAGCGUCUAGCUAUGAGCAGUAGCAAUUUAAAGGGUUUUAUAUGUGUAUUUGUCAUGCUAAUGGUACGAGUCUUCCGGAGAACUCUUAGGACGCUUUCGACUUUGAAGUUCAUACUGCACUGUUUGUUAACGUGGCCGCUGGAAAGCCGUCUGUCUAAAACAGUGGCAUGUCCACAGUAUGUCUGUGUCCUAACUUGCUGUGGGGCUCCCAACACGAGCACAAACCAUCGCCCAGGUGUGAGAAGACGACCUCUUGCUGACCCCUCAAUCCAACUCUUGUCGCUGCUCUAUCUUUUGUCUCUGCCUUCCUUCUAUCUUUCACCUCUCAAGAUGUAUAUAAAAAAAAAAAAGGGGGUGGGGGGGGCAAGAGAUGUCAGGCUCGCAAAGUUGAACUGGGAGAAGCGUGCUCAAAACCACUCCCGGGCACCUGUUGCAUCCUCUGGUGAUUUCUAUGCCACUGCCGCGCACUUCGGUGCGCGCAAUUUGCCCGCCGCAGUUGCAAGCAACGAUUUCCGUGCCUUUGCGCCAUUUGAAAGCAAGGAUUUCCGUGGCGCGGCUGCCGCACGCCUCGAGAACUGCGCCAGUGUCGGGGUCCCGAUUUCCUCGCCCCGUCUUCGGAGAGCCGCACCUGUCGGAGACCCGAUGACUGACGAGCCUGUCGAGGGAAAAGCUCUGCUGCGACACGAUCGGGUGACGAAGUUGCAUCACUCGACCGGCGCUGAUCGAGAUCUCGUUCUCAACCGCGGCAGUGAACUCUAUUCGUGUACUUUGGCUGUUUUGAAGGCCCGAGGACGAUGCACGGACAGUCGUUUGGCAACGGAUGAAAUUCCGGCGAUUGUUCGUGGUUUCGGAAAAAAAAAAACCAGACGUGUAAAUAAACGUGUCAAUCGACGUAUGCUUGUUGUACUGCUUCAUUUGAAUCCCAGAACCUCCGCAACAGACUCGAGUGCUUGAUUUCAGAGGGAAAUUUUGCAAGUUCUUGUCACCGGUCCAAUUGUACAUCGCUGUUUUCCGAGACCACCGAGGAAGGUACGGCUUUUCGGAUCCCCGCUGCGGAGGACGCGACGGGCUUCCUGUUCCCCGUGGUGCGGCUGUCCUGUUUCUUUUCACAGCUUUAAAUGAUCUGAUUGAUAAGGUGAUAGAGCUUCUCACAAGUUUGGGUACAAGUCCCUCUGCCCGGUGUGAGCUGCCGCCGCCGCCGCCGCUUUGUUUUGGACCCGUUGCUGUCUCUGCCCAUGACCACGAGAUGGCGCCACGAGCACCGCUUGCUCCGGGAGCGGCGGACGACGAUCACGCCGAGAUGACGAGGGCGUCCGUAUCCGCGUCGCCGAGGAAACGAGGGCUUGCCGACGGCAUAUGAAGCAGUGCUCUCGCAGCGUGCUAUUUGUAUAAACGAGUGACAACGCUUUGAAAACGAGUUACCCUCUCUCACUCCUUUGAGGGCGAAACGCAGGAGUCCGUUGAAGUGCGGACGGCUGGCCUGCCAGAAAAAAUGUAAAUCCGGACCCGAAGCGCGUGAAUCGGAAGCGAUGCGCUGAGCCGAUGUCGCGUCGACGUGCGGAAUUGUGCACGUCGAGCGAAAGGCAAACGUGUUUUGGCGCCGCUGAUUGACACGGGCUUUUGUCCUAAGAAGAACGGGGAAACAGGCAGUCGUCAAAGACCGCAAAUUCUCACAGCACAAAAACCCAGAGGAAUUUUUACGGGGCAUCGCUCGAGCUGCGCCUGCCUCAUCGCGCUGGCUGUCAGCCGAAAUCCCGACGCUUUCCAACGUACCGGAGGCUCCGCGAUCACGCUCGUUUACGGUUAGCGGACGCUGAAUACCUCGAGGCCGGGGCCGACGUUGUCGACGGGAACGAAGAGAAGUACGAGAGGCGCAGAAAAGACCUUGGCAGUGCCGUGCGAGAGGUGGAGGAAGGUGGAAUAAUCCUAAAACGAACGGUGCCGCCCGGCUCCUGAGAGGGAAUUUACAAAGACUGGAAAGCAUGGAGGAAAUCGACGGGAGAGAUGAAGCCGACGACAACGGGCAGGAAAAGGGCGACGACGACGACUGGUCCGAAGCCACGGAAACGUCAACCGUGAGAGAAGCCGCCGGCGUCGGUGUUCCGCCGCGUGUAUCGGAACCUCGAGCGAAAGCAAAGCGUGCGUCUUUCGCGAGGUCGGAGGUCGGUGCGCACGACGCGCGUGUAACUUAACGCCACGGCCUUUCUUCUGUGACGCCGACGGUGGCGCUGGGACCGGAAGGUCUCGUCCGGUCGAAUGAACCCACGCAGGGGCUACUAAAAUCCUCCGCAGAGCGCCGCGACCGGCUGAGGGAGCAGACGUUUCCAAAGAGACGGACGGUUCUUCCCGCAGCCUUCGCCGGCACGGGAGCCUUCGACAUUUUCCGGAUCGACCGCGCAUCGGCGACUCGAGCUGCCGAGAAGCCUCGAACCGCCGUACCUCGGCCCGGGCGAUGAACUGGACGGAGUCGGAGCAGAGCUGUCAAUUGCUGAAAUGCUCAUUAUUGAGGAGAUUUCCGUGGCGCCCAAAGAUCUCUUUGCAUAUGUGGGCGCAAGAUUGAAGCAAAUCCAAGGAACGAAUUCACCUUUUGGUGGAACGUCUGUUCUCGCUGUCGGAGAGGUCUAUCAGCUGGCGCCUGUGAGACGGCGCCAACCUUGGUGUGCGUACGACCCGACCCGACCCGACAACUUUGAAAUGAUCACAUGGACUGAAAUCACGAGGCAGAAAGAUGGCGUCCCUUUUGCUGAACUGCCGAACCGACUCCGCGUCAAAGGAACGUCCGAUGAGCUGCCAGAACGAGACGGAGCUCGGCUUGCCGCAGCUUUCGCCCUCCCGGGACCGUGCCCGAAGGACACGCCGCACAUCUAUGCCACAAAUAAACCAGCGGAUAGCCAUAACUCUGAAAUGUUGAACCUGCUUCACCAGGGCAUUGUGACAAUGAAAGAAAAAGAAAGCUUCCGUUUCCCAGGAUCCCCUGAACGCACCGCCGGGUGCUCUCAGGUGCUCGCGCUGCUUCGUCAGAGUGUCGCUUUCCUCCUCGAAGGUAAGUGGACGUAAUCGCCCUGGCUCCAUCCUAAUAAAGCUCCGUGUUAUUUAUAGUGCUUUUGUUGAUAGUAAAUGGUCAAGUCUGUGUCGGUCGGCUAAGCGUCUAGCUAUGAGCAGUAGCAAUUUAAAGGGUUUUAUAUGUGUAUUUGUCAUGCUAAUGGUACGAGUCUUCCGGAGAACUCUUAGGACGCUUUCGACUUUGAAGUUCAUACUGCACUGUUUGUUAACGUGGCCGCUGGAAAGCCGUCUGUCUAAAACAGUGGCAUGUCCACAGUAUGUCUGUGUCCUAACUUGCUGUGGGGCUCCCAACACGGUACGUGAAUUUGAAGUGCAUGUAGCCGCCGUCGUCUCGUAACUUACAGACGCCAUUUUGUCAGUAUUACGGCGGAAACGGGCUCUGGUUCCUUCAACUUUGGCCAUUCGAAAUUGCUCCAUUUGCGGAAAAGAACAGGUCUACGCGCACGGGUAUUUGUAAAAUGCCCAUCUAUUGACUCGGUCGUCAGCAACGUCUGGCAGGAGGUAGCCCGCAAGGAGCGCUUGACUAGCCCCCGGGCUGUUCUAAAAAUAGCUUAGCAGUUAGUUAUGCUACUCAGGCCAGAGAAACGCCCGCCGUUUCUUCCCCCCCCCCCCCCCCCCGUUUUUUGGGCGCUGGAUUCCAGGCCCGCAACUUUAGCGGCGGUCCACGAAAAUCCCGGGUUUUUUUCGUGUGCGUGUGUUUUUUGUCGUCGUCGUUUUGCGCAAGGCUUGGUAUCUUCAAAUGGAGUGGUUGGCAAAUCCCUUUACCGUGUUUGAAUUUUUAUUCAUUCGGUUUAGAUUUCCUGUGGUCGUGACAGAUGAAAACCUUCAUUUGUUCCUGGCGUAUGCAAAAUAUAGCACAAACCAUCGCCCAGGUGUGAGAAGACGACCUCUUGCUGACCCCUCAAUCCAACUCUUGUCGCUGCUCUAUCUUUUGUCUCUGCCUUCCUUCUAUCUUUCACCUCUCAAGAUGUAUAUAAAAAAAAAAAAAAAAAAAAAAGGGGGUGGGGGGGGCAAGAGAUGUCAGGCUCGCAAAGUUGAACUGGGAGAAGCGUGCUCAAAACCACUCCCGGGCACCUGUUGCAUCCUCUGGUGAUUUCUAUGCCACUGCCGCGCACUUCGGUGCGCGCAAUUUGCCCGCCGCAGUUGCAAGCAACGAUUUCCGUGCCUUUGCGCCAUUUGAAAGCAAGGAUUUCCGUGGCGCGGCUGCCGCACGCCUCGAGAACUGCGCCAGUGUCGGGGUCCCGAUUUCCUCGCCCCGUCUUCGGAGAGCCGCACCUGUCGGAGACCCGAUGACUGACGAGCCUGUCGAGGGAAAAGCUCUGCUGCGACACGAUCGGGUGACGAAGUUGCAUCACUCGACCGGCGCUGAUCGAGAUCUCGUUCGUGUACUUUGGCUGUUUUGAAGGCCCGAGGACGAUGCACGGACAGUCGUUUGGCAACGGAUGAAAUUCCGGCGAUUGUUCGUGGUUUGGGAAAAAAAAAAAACCAGACGUGUAAAUAAACGUGUCAAUCGACGUA